AUGGAAAAUAUUUUUAUUAGAUUUUUGGUCUAAGAUACUUAAUUACUUUGCUUUAACAUGCUCAUUUACUAAUUCAAACAAAAUUACAUAAGUAUUAAAAUCAGCUAGCUGAACAAUGGAAUUAUAUUGAUUGUUAAAAUUCAUUAUAAUAAUAUAUCCCAAAUCCACCAAUCAAAUGAGAGUUUCGAUGUUUUUUGUGUGCCAAUUUUUGAGUAACAUUUUUUAAUAAUAAAAAUGGCAAGAACUAAGUAAACUGCAAGAAAGAGCACUGCUGGUAACAAAAAACCAACUAAGCAUUUGGCAACAAAAGCAGCCAGAAAAACUGCUCCAGCUGUAGGAGCUGCUGGUGGUUUAAAAAAGCCACACAAAUUUAGACCUGGAACAGUUGCUUUAAGAGAAAUUCGUAAAUACCAAAAAUCAACUGAAUUGUUGAUCAGAAAAUUGCCAUUCUAAAGAUUAGUUAGAGAAAUUGCUCAUGAAUUCUAAAAGGAACUUAGAUUCUAAAGCUCUGCUGUCUUAGCUCUUUAAGAAGCUGCUGAAGCCUACCUUGUUGGAUUAUUUGAAGACACAAACUUAUGUGCAAUUCAUGCUAGAAGAGUUACAAUCAUGUCAAGAGAUAUUCAAUUAGCUAGAAGAAUUAGAGGAGAAAGAUUCUGAUAUUUUAAUACAGAAAAUUAUUAUAUAAGAUUUCAUAAAUCUUUAAAUUUAAAUUACCA